CGAUUUUUUCAUUUGUCAGUUGGCCAUUUGGAUGUCUUCUUUUUAGAAGUGUCUAUUCAUGUCUUUUGCCCAUUUCUUCACUGGAUUAUUUGUUUUUCGGGUGUUGAGUUUGGUAAGUCUUCAUAGACUUUGGAUACUAACCCUUUAUUUGAUAUGUCAUUUACAGAUAUCUUCUCCCAUUCCGUUGGUUGCCUUUAAUUUUGUUGAUUGUUUCCUUUGCUCUGCAGAAGCUUUUUAUCUUGAUGAGGUCCCAGUAGUUCAAUUUGCUUUUAUUUCCCUUACCUUUGGAGAUGUGUCAAUUAAGAAGUUGCUGCGGCUGAGGGCAAAGAGAUUGUUGCCUGUUUUCUCUUCUAGGAUUUUGAUGGUUUCUUGUCUCGCAUUUAGGUCUUUCAUCCAUUUUGAAUUGCAAGAAAGUGGUCCAGUUUCAUUCUUCUGCAUGUUACUGUCCAGUUCUCCCAGCACCAUUUGCUAAAGAGACACUUUUUUUCUAUUGGAUACUCUUUCAUGCUUUGUCGAAGAUUAGUUGGCCAUACAUUUGUGGGUCCAAUUCUGGGUUCUCUGUUCUAUUCCAUUGGUCUGUUCUUUCCCAUGUGUCUGUUUUUGUGCCAAAUACCAUACUGUCUUGAUGAUUUCACCUUUGUAGUACAGGCUGAGGUCCAGCCAGGAUUGUGAUGCCUCCAGCUUUAGUUUUCUUUUUCAACAUUACUUUGGCUAUUUGGGGUCUUCUGUGGUUUCAUACAUAUUUUAGGAUUGUUUGCUCUAGCUCUGAGAAGAAUGUUGGUGCUAUUUUGAUUGGGAUUGCAUUGAAUGUGUAGAUUGCUUUGGGUAGUGUCAACAUUUUAACAAUAUUUGUUCUUCCAAUCCAUGACCAUGGAAUGUUUUCCCAUUUCUUUGUGUCUUCAGUUUCUUGCAUAAGCUUUCUAUAGUUUUCAGUGUACAGAUCUUUUACCUCUUUGGUUAGGUUUAUUCCUAAGUAUUUUAUGGUUCUCGGUGCAAUUGUAAAUGAGAUCAGUUCCUUGAUAUCUCUUUCUGUUGCUUCAUUAUUGGCAAAUAGAAAUGCAACUUGAUUUCUGUACAUCGAUUUUAUAUCUUGUGACUUUGCUGAAUUCAUGUAUUAGUUCUAGCAGUUUUGGGGUGGAGUCUUUCGGGUUUUGCAUGAAGAAUAUCAUGUCAUCUGCAAAAAGUGAAAGUUUAACUCCUUUGCCAAUCUGGAUGCCUUUUAUUUCAUUUUGUUGUCUGAUUGCCGAGGCUAGGACUUCCAACACUAUGUUAAACAAAAGUGGCGAAAGCGGACAUUCCUCUCGUGUUCGUGAUCUCAGAGGGAAAGCUCUUAGUUUUUCCCCAUUAAGGAUGAUAUUAGCUGUGGGUCUUUCAUAUAUGGCUUUUACGAUGUUAAGGUAUGUUUCUUCUUUCCUGACUUUCUUGAGGGUUUUUAUUAGGAAAGAUGCUGUAUUUUGUCAAAUGCUUUUCCUGGAUCUAUUGACAGGAUCAUAUGGUUUUUAUCCUUUCUUCUGUUAAUGUGCUGUAUCACAUUGAUUGAUUUGCGAAUAUUGAACCAGCCCUGCAGCCCAGAAAUGAAUCCCACUUGUAUUUUAAAAAAUCCUUGUACAAUGUCUGGCCUACUAGUUGUGACUACAUUUAUUGGUAUUAAAAUGUCACAAUAUCCAGGAGCAAGGAUCUUUUUUUUCUCACUGAUCUUGGGGGUUAAUCUUGUGUCCUUUAGUCAUGCUUCCUUGUAAUGUCAGGAUUCCAAUUAGGUAAUUCUGAGAUUUCCAAGGCAGGAUUGAUUUUCAUUGCUUAUUUCUCUUUCUCAGCCAUGUCUUUGCAGGACCCCACUCUCGGCAGAGAGGGGAACACAGAGGAAGAGAUUAUGGCUGCUGUGGUUUUUUCUGUUGGACCUCUGAAGUGACCAAGCUUAAUAGAUGACAUGGAGAGAAAGAAGAUGUUUAAGACACAGAGCUUGGCUGUAGGGUGCUUACAGUCUCAUUGAGAAUCCUGAAGUUUCCGAGCCAGAUGAAGACCUUCACCUUCAGGCUGAAGAACCAGAAUUGGAAAAGGAUUCUGUGACAUUUAAAGAUGUGGCUAUAGACUUCUCAUUAGAAGAGUGGAGGUUGAUGGACCUUUCCCAGAGGAACCUGCACAAGGACGUGAUGCUAGAGAAUUACAGGAAUCUUGUCUCCCUGGGGCUUGCAGUUUCCAAACCAGACAUGAUAUCUCACCUGGAAGAUGGCAAAGGACCGUGGGUGGUAGUGAGGGAAAUUGCAAGAACCCCCUAUCCAGAGCUGGAGACCAAACCUGCAGCCAAGAAUGUUGUAUCAACAGAAAAUACUUCUGAAGAUGUAUCACAAGAGACCAUAAUAGAUAAACUCACAGAGAACAGUCUGUGGAACCCCAGAAUGGGAGGAUUAUGGAAAUGGAAUGAAAGGAUAUUGAGAUUGCAAAAUAGUCAGGAAAAUCAUUUGAGUCGAAGAAUAGUUACUCACAAGAAAAUUUCCACUGGUCAAAGAGGAUUUAGAUUUGGAUCUGUUUUUCCAGAAGCAGGAGUUAUCACAGAAGGGCCCCACAGCAAAUGCCAAACACAUGAAAAUUUCACUGAGAAUUUAGAUUUGAUUACAGAUACCCAUCUAGGAAAGAAAAUCUGCAAGGAUACAGAAGGCAGCAAAGCUGUAAGGCCUACUUCAGAACUUACUUUAGGAAAAAAAUACAAUAAUAAAGAAAAACCCUAUAAAUGUAGUACCUGUGAAAAGUCCUUUCGUUACAGGUCGUUACUCAUUCAACAUCAGAGAACGCACACUAAAGAAAAACCUUAUGAAUGUAACGAAUGUGGGAAAAUGUUCAGCCAGCCUUCAUAUCUCAGUCAACAUAAAAAAAUUCAUACUGGAGAAAAACCCUAUAAGUGUAACGAAUGUGGAAAGGCCUUCAUUGCUUCUUCAUCGCUUAUGGUACAUCAGAGAAUUCAUACUAAGGAGAAACCUUAUCAGUGCAAUGUCUGUGGAAAAUCUUUUAGCCAGUGUGCUCGCCUUAAUCAACACCAGAGAAUUCAAACCGGGGAGAAGCCCUAUAAAUGUACUGAAUGUGGGAAAGCUUUCAGUGAUAAAUCAAAACUCGCAAGACAUCAGGAGACUCACAGUGGAGAGAAACCCUACAAAUGCAAUGAUUGUGGGAAAGCCUUUAGGAAUAAGUCCUAUCUUAGUGUACAUCAGAAGACCCACACUGAAGAAAAACCAUAUAAAUGCAAUGAAUGUGGGAAAUCUUUCAAGAAUACCACAAUUUUUAAUGUUCAUCAGAGAAUUCAUACUGGAGAGAAACCCUUUAGAUGUAACGAAUGUGGGAAAGCCUAUAGAAGUAAUUCCAGCCUUAUUGUACAUAUAAGAACUCAUACUGGGGAAAAACCUUAUGAAUGUAAUGAAUGUGGGAAAGCAUUCAAUCGCAUAGCAAAUUUCACAGAACAUCAAAGAAUUCAUACAGGAGAAAAACCCUAUAAAUGCAACGAAUGUGGAAAAGCAUUCAUUAAUUAUUCAUGCCUUACCGUACACCACAGAAUGCAUACAGGAGAGAAACCUUAUAAAUGUAAUGAAUGUGGAAAGGCCUUCAUGCGUUCUUCAUCCCUAAUUAUACAUCAGCGGAUUCAUACUGAAGAAAAACCUUAUCUAUGUAAUGAAUGUGGGGAGUCUUUCAGAAUAAAAUCACACUUAACUGUGCAUCAUAGGAUUCAUACUGGAGAGAAACCGUAUAAAUGUACUGACUGUGAGAGGGCAUUUACCAAAAUGGUAAAUCUCAAGGAGCAUCAGAAAAUCCAUACUGGAGUGAAACCUUAUAAAUGCUAUGAUUGUGAGAAAUCUUUCAGGACUAAGUCCUACCUUAUCGUACAUCAAAGGACCCAUACUGGGGAAAAACCAUAUAAAUGUAAUGAAUGUGAAAAGGCUUUCACUAACACCUCGCAACUUACCGUACAUCAAAGAAGGCAUACUGGAGAAAAACCCUAUAAAUGUAAUGAGUGUGGGAAGGUUUUCACAAGUAACUCAGGCUUUAAUACCCAUCAGAGAACACAUACUGGAGAGAAGCCAUUUAAAUGUAAUGACUGUGGGAAAGCAUUUAGCCAGAUGGUACACGUCACAGAACAUCAGAAAAUCCAUAGUGGAGAGAAACCCUAUAAAUGCGACGUCUGUGGAAAAGCCUUCAGGAGGGGUUCCUACCUUACAGUGCAUUGGAGAACACAUACUGGAGAAAAACCCUAUACGUGUAAGGAAUGUGGAAAAGGUUGUAUCACUCUAUCACAGCUAACUCUUCAUCAGAGAAUUCAUACUGGGGAAAGGCCCUACAAAUGUGAAGAAUGUGGAAAAGCCUUCAGAACCAACUCAGAUUUUACUGUACAUUUGAGGAUGCAUACUGGAGAAAAACCCUAUAAAUGUCAUGAAUGUGGAAAAGCCUUUAGGAGUAGCUCAAGCCUUACUGUACAUCAAAGAACACAUCAGAGAGAAACUCAGUUAAUAUAAAAGGUAACAAAUCAUUCAUCCAGAUGCCAGCUCUACAAGGAGAAUCUUAUAAACUGUGUCUUUUAUGAAUGUGGGAAAACUUUCAGGAGCAAUUCACCAGAAAACACACACUUAAGGGAUACUUUAUAAACAUAAAAAUGUGGAAAACUCAUUAAAUCUUAGAAGUGACAAGCAAAUUCACAGUAGAGAAAAAUAAUGGACAAAUGAAAGCCUUCACCCAGAUUUCAUACUUUGUUCACUUAAAUUGUCUUCAAUGAAUUGCCUAUAAUUUUUUA